AUGCUUUACACCCACGCAACCAUCAUCACCGUCGACGGCAACCGCCGCAUCAUCAAUGACGGAGCCAUCCGUGUGUCGGGCGAUAGCAUUGCCGACAUUGGCAAAAGUGCACUUCUCAAAGAGCGAUACCCUGAUGAUGAAGAAUAUGACCUCACUGGCCGAAUUGUCAUUCCAGGGUUGAUCUCCACCCACAUGCAUACGGCUCAGACUCUCCUGCGGGGUACAGCCGAUGAUCUAGAGCUUGUCUCCUGGCUCUGUGAGAGAAUUUGGGUUCUUCAAGGUAACUUCACCGAAGCAGAUGGCUAUGCCGCUGCGAGACUCAGCAUCGGCGAGAUGCUCAAGUGCGGUACCACUUGUUUCUUGGAGAGCAUGUUCGCCGACCGCUAUGGUUUUGACGGACUUGCCCGUGCUGUGGAAGAAUCCGGCAUUCGAGGCUGCUUGGGUAAGAUCGUAAUGAACAUUGCCAAAUAUGCCAAGGACGACGCCUGGGCAAUGCAUCCCGGUCUUGUGGAAGACCGCGAAAUGUCUCUGCUGGGAAGUGUCAAGAUGUGGGAGAAGUGGAACGGGGCCGCGAAUGAUCGCAUUCGCGUGUGGUUCGGCGCUAGAACUCCUGGAGGGGUGUCCGAUGCUCUCUACAAGGAGAUGACUUCUAUCUCGCGGGAGAAGGGUAUCCCCAUCACCAUGCACUGUGCCGAGGUCAAGGCCGAUCGCGAUUUCUUUGCGUCCGUGUCACAUACGCCUAUGUCAUACUGCAACUCGGUCGGACUUUUGGGUCCAAGUACCGUGCUGGCACACAUGGUUCAUCUGGAUGAUUCCGAUAUUAAAUUGCUGUCUGCCUCGGGCGCUCAUGUCGCUCACUGUCCCACUUCCAAUGCUAAACUGGCGUCGGGUAUCUGCCGCGUGCCCGAUCUUCAACAGGCUGGAGUGAACAUUGGACUGGGAACCGAUGGUGCCCCUUGCAACAACACCUGUGACCUGCUGCAAGAGAUGAAGCUUGCAGCUAUCAUCCACAAGAGUAUCUCGUAUGAUCCAACCGCUGUUCCCGCUGAGUCCGUUCUGGAGAUGGCCACGAUCAAUGGUGCCAAAGCUCUAGGGUUGGAUGACAAAAUUGGUAGCCUGGAGAUAGGCAAGAAAGCGGAUUUCGUGGCAAUCGACGUGCGCGGUAUCCACACGCAGCCUUGGUUCAAUGCACCUAGUGCUGUGGUCUACACUGCGACCGGCCGUGAUGUGGAUAUGGUUGUGGUAGACGGUAAGCGACUUGUGCAGAACGGAGAGCUGCUCACCAUGAAUGAGGCAGAGAUUGUAGCGGAAGCCAAGAAGCGCAGCCAAGAAGUUGUUGAACGGGCUGGUCUGUCUAGCAAGAUGCAGGGUCGCUGGCCUGUGGAGUAA